UCUCAGAGACCAGUUGCGAAGCAGAGACGCGGUGAAGCACCUCAUUACAUCCUGAGCACCAGCUGCUGCUGCGAGGGGAAAUAUUCACCUGUGACGAACUCACACGGAUUUUAAAAAUUCAUUUAGACCAAAAGUAAACGGAGGCUCGUCACUCGACUGACAUUAAUUAAAAGUUUUUUUUUUUUAUUUGCCUUCAGUGACACAGACUUUCUGAUCAACAUUCCAUAUUUUCUAAAGGUGUUUCAUCUGUUUUAAAUUGUUCUGGAGAGACUGUGCGCUUUUAAGAGGACCAUAAUGGCGAGGUUUUACGCCCGAAGUGUGUGCGUAAAAAUGAUCGGACUGCUCUGCGUUGCGGCGUCGAUACUGACCCAACACGGGACAUCAGGUCAGCGGGUGAAGGUGGAUCCAGAGCUGUCGUCGUAUCCUGGCCAGACGAUCAACCUGCGCUGCUCCUUCCCGGACACAAAUGGCGUUCAGCUCACAAUGGUCAAUUGGAUAUAUGAGACAAAGGAAGGAGAGAGGAUAAACAUAGCUGUGCUUCAUCCUUCCUUUGGCCCCAACUACCCCCCCUCGCCAGUGAAGGGCAGGGUCAGCUUCAAACCCAGUCCACCAGAAAUGGCGAGCCCUUCCAUCGAGAUCACUGAUGUCAGGAUGUCUGAUGAGGGCAAGUACAUCUGCGACUAUGCGACGUAUCCCGAUGGCAACGAGCAGGGAAUCACUCAGCUGAUCAUGUUGGCUAAGCCAGAUAACUCUGCCGAGGUCUUACCUGUGAUCGCCGGGACUCAGGCAGUUGUCGUGGCCCGCUGCGUGUCCAAAAAUGGCCGCCCACCAGCCCAGAUCAAAUGGGUGACCACGGCCAACGGGAACUGGACAGAGAAGUCUCAGACAAGUGCCGACAACACUGUGACAGUGACGAGUGAAUACCGCCUUGUGCCCAAAUCAAGUGACAAUGGGAAGGAGAUCGCAUGCUUGGUGGAACACAGAACCCAGGUCAAAGUGGAGAGCAUCUCGCGGAAACUAGUCAUUCAGUUUGCCCCUGAGGUGACAAUUGAGGGAUAUGACAAUAAUUGGUACGUGGGCCGUUCAAACGUGGCGCUCACCUGCAAUGCGAACGCAAACCCGGUUCCCACUUCUGUGAUCUGGAAAUCAAUGUCGGGAGAGAUGCCAGAAACUGUGUUGGUCAAAUCCAACGAGCUAAAGGUGCUGAAAGUGGACGAUACAGUCAACACCACUUUUGUUUGCGAGGUCAAGAACCGCAUCGGGACUACCAGGGAUCAGGUUACCAUCUUCGUCAGAGAGCCUUCAAAGAGCGACUCCAAUGCUGGCGUUGUUGCAGGGGCAGUUAUUGGCUCCCUGCUGGCCCUCCUUUUGGUCGCAGCCCUCGUUGCCGUGCUCGUCACCCAUAGCCGCAGGCAGCAGCAGGGUUACCGGGCCAACGGCGGCAGCGACAUGAAGACCCGCAUAUUCGGUGGUGGUAAGAAGGCGAGCAAGAACGGAACAAGCGGAGGAACGGGGAGCGGAGGCAUCACGGGUGGUAAUAGCAACGGGCCCGUCUACAUUGAUCGCUCGCCCAACCAGGGUCUGGGAGAGAAAAACAACCACCACCAGCCGUUCACCAUGGGCGCCCGACCCGAGGUCGUCGCCGGGACACCCACCGCCCAGGACAUCCUGCUGAGCAACGAAUUAGACGAAGCUGAGAGGAGGAAGUUCGAUGAGAUGGAGGAGGACGAGAGCUACGACCACUUCUCUGGAGGAGCCCCAAUCCUGCAACUGCGCCCGCCUCCCGAACAGGAUCAUAUGAUUGGAGAUUACAUAGAUGAUGACAUGGAGUCACAGCGGGAUGGCUCCGUCAUCUCUCGGACUGCAGUUUACGUAUAGAGGAAGAGGAGGAGAGCAUAUAGAGUAGGAGUAUGAGAGAAAAGAAAAGCAGGCUUUGGGGCUCUUAUAUUUGUCAGAUUGAAGAAAGCAAAAAAAUACCACUUUUAUUUUUGCAAGCUGAUUUUAAAUGUAUCUUAAUAUUAAUCAGAAUGAAGUCCCACAGUGAGCAGGACUGGAAGAGGGCAUAUGGAAAUCUAUUUUAAGAAGCGUCAACAGAAAAUCAGACUGGGAAAAGUGCAACAUCUCUCUCACCGCUUCAGCUAUGCUCUCCCCAUUGCUGGGAUCUUGACUUUCAACUGACAGACUAAAAGAGAAAAUACACAGUGUGGGAGGAGGGAAAUUGAAUCAUAAUACAAGCUUGGCUAUACAGGCAUUUCACUUGCAUAUUCACUCUUAACUUCACUUAAAAAAAAUACUGUGGUUGUCGAGCAGUUCCAUGUUGCCUGUAACUCUGAGUCCUCCUGUGGGAAGCCUUUUUGUUUUGGUAAUGUGUUGUGCUGUAACAUCUGGUGUGUUGGUGUGUUAAAAAAGAGACAGAAACCAUCAGGUGUAUUAGAAGAUGUGAAUGAUGUAUUUGCUUCUGUUCAUUCUGCUCUCUCUGCCUUUAAACUCUCCACUCUGUAGAUCAAUGCCGACAUCGGUCUCUUAAGGUUCGAAGAGAAGCUUUUGGUCCUUUUUUUUAAUCCUCCACAAAUAGAAAAGUUUAUGAAGUUAUCAUUUACAACAACUUUUAAAUUGAAAUUUUGCAUGAAAGUUUUUUUUUUUUUUUCUGUCGCUUGAAGUUAGAUCCUGGAUAAAUGAUUGAGGUGUAGCUGAUGUGACCCGUCGAAGGAUGAAGGAAAGGAUGCAGGAGGAGUAGAAUGGUGUUAGUCCCUUUCUUUUCUCUCAUUUCAACCUCCUGACAGGAGGAGCUUGAUUGGUAAUGAGCCAUGAAGUUGCUCGCCUAGCCGGGACCAACAGAUUGCGGCACUUAUCGUUUAUGAUGUGGCGUUUCCGCUCUAUCCCUUGCCACCAGGAGCACCCUCCUCUCUCCCCAUUCUCCUCAGAGUUUAUUGGAAGGUGUGAUUUAUCUGGGGCGGUGUCGAGGUCACGGCCAUCGAGAUCAGGGGGAGUAUUUUACCGCUCCUGAUCCAUCUGAUUCCCCACUUACUUGACUCCAGCCCAUUCUGACACACCAGGACUGAGUAAUCCACCUAGAGUAGCCACAUUUCCCAGCCCCGCCUUUCACACUUUGCUAAAUGGCCGGAUGUAACAGAGCCUCCAUAAUGCCAUAGCAGUAGAUAAGACAGAUUUUCAAUAAGGAUCCUAUAUUACUUUCCAUUAGCGGAUGUUAGAUGUGGCAAAUUGAUUGGAAGACUUAAAAUGGUUUGCUAUUGAUGGGGAAUGUGUGGGGAAAUGGCCCUUUAUGAUGCAGGGGCAGGGCUUAUUUUCUUCACACGGUUACUUCAUCCUUUUAAUGAGCCAUUGGGGCUUCCUUUUAAAAAUGAGAUUUGAUGGCUACUGUACUGCCUUUAAGGCUCAAGGUACAUUUGCAUGCAUCUGGGUAAUUGUGAUAAGAAGAUUUUCUACUCAUGAGUUUCCCACCCUUCUUAUUGACUCCCCUUUGACCUCCUUAGAGGAAAAUCAAGUUGGUGUAAUUUAAAUUGAUAUCAAGGCCAGGUGAGCUCUGGGUUGGCAUUUUUGAGGGUGUCAUCCGUUCAAAACCAGCUUGACCUUUCACCAAAGGGUAGAUGGAUGUGAUUGCCUCCAUUUCUUAUCAUGUCUCUUUAACCUCAACCUACUGAUGCAGGGAAAUGCUUCAGCACACGUUAGGCAUGGACUGGUGGAAGGAUUCUCAGGACCUAUUGAAUUAUUAAUGCACAUGAAGAUUACGAACAUGAUGGAGGUUUAAUGAAAGAAGAAACGCAGAAGUUGUUUCUAGUGCUGCUACUAUAAAAACCUCCACCUUUUUAAUUUUCAGUUAAAGUGAAGGAUUUAGGAAUAAUAACCCCCAGGCAAAAUGAAAAGCAAAUCCCAAAAAAUGUGUAGGGAAUUUUAAAAAUCAUUAAUCACUAAUUAAUAACUAGGAUAUAAUUUUCCUAAUUAUUAUAUUCAAUGUAUUUGGGAAAAAUUUUUUGAUCCACAGACCUCAGCAAAUUCAGAAAAUAUCAUAUUAAAGAAUUUUGAUGAGAGGAGCUUUUUUUUCCGGUUAAUAUAAAAUGUUUAAGAAGUUUUCAUUACUUGUAGGCGAGCGACUAUGAUUACAGGCUUCUUUUAGCUAGCUGACUGAUGCUGUGCAGCAGCAGGUGGGGGAGGGGAUCUGCCAUAUUACUGUAUGAUAUAUAUGCAGCUGGAGAAAGAGUCCCUCUGGAACAUUCUUAUUGAAAGGACUUGAAACUUUAGAAACCAUAUGAAGGAAGACAUAUUUAUUUAUUCUGAUACUUGUAACUGGCCCAUGCCAGUUUGUUAGCUUUUCAAAGUCUCAACUUGUAUUCUGGCAGAGAGAGAACAGGAAACGCAGAAGGCUAAUAAAAUGUUGACAGCAUUAAGCAUUUGAGCAUCGUCUGGCAGAUUGUAAACCAGUGUGUUCAAUAGGAUUAUCAUCUAAUGGCCUUAGUUUAUGCAUAUAUGGGUGAGUAACAGCAUUAUUGAACACAGCUGACUUGUCACAACCACAUCAUAUAUAAAAAAAUGUAUUACUUUUUUUGCACUUGUAUUUGUCACUACUUUAAUGAACAAUAUAAGUGUGAAACUGUUUCUUUGGGGGGUAAAAAAAAAAAGGUUACAAAGGAGAAACAAAACACUAUGUACAUUUAGGUGUGAAGUAUCUGUGUACUAUAUAUGUAAUCAUUAUUUUUCUCGUGAAAAUGUACAUAUUUCUGAAACUGUAAAUAUCGGAUUGAAGGAGCCCGUUUUUACCCGCAGCAAGGAGGUCAGAGUUCGCCUCGAGUUCAAAUGUCCCAGCAGGCUUUUAGAAUGUAGAUCAAUUUAACGACGUAAUGAACUCACCAACCUCGCAUCACCUGAGGUUGAUUUUUAUAUCUACGUGUUUUUGUUUUUUCAAAUAGCCUGCGUUUUCACAUAAGCACAUACCGUUUCUAGCGUCUUUGCACAGGAAAAAAAA